AUGAAGGCUGUCGUUUCCCCUCUAGUCCUGGCAGUGUGCUGUUUCCAGGCAUUCGGCAGCCCUGUAACAUCGGCAAGUUCUAAGAACCUGAUAGUUUUUGGCGACUCUUACUCAACCGUCGGGUUCUGGCCAGGAGGACAGCUACCCUCAGCUGCUAAUCCUAUAGGCAAUCCUGGACUACCUGGUCAAACAACUUCGGCCGGACUGAAUUGGGUUGGCCAUGUCACUUCUACCCUUAACACGUCGACUAUCUUGACAUAUGACUUUGCCUAUAGUGGAGCUACAAUUGACAAGAAGAUUGUCAACUCAUGGGCACAAUACUCCAUAUCGGACCAAGUAGUGCUGCACAAACAAUACGUUGCGCCAGUAAUCAGCGAUGCAGAUACUUUGGUCGCGAUCUGGAUCGGGAUCAACGAUGUUGGCGAAGCAUUUUGGAGCAAGACCAGCGCUCUUGUCACAGAAUGUGUUAACCGGUACUUUGAACUUCUGCAAACGCUUGUCGAUGACGGCUUUGACAAGUUUGUUCUGUUAAACAUUCCUGCCUACGCUGAUCAAUUUCCAAAGAUGAUAGGUCAACCCGAGGUCGACCUUGCUCGUCUAAGAGCGGACAUAGUCUCCUAUAACGAAGCAGUACAGUCCAAAGCAGCAGCAUUCGCUUCCUCACAUCCAGACAUCAAACUUCAAGUUUUCGACACUAACCCCUCGUUUAAUCAAGUCAUCAACAACUACGCCAACUACGGGGCAAAGGAUGCCACUUGUUUCGGGUCCAGUAACUGUCUUUGGGCCGAUGAUUAUCAUGCCAGUGGAGCCAUUCAUAAGCUUCUGGCACAGAAUCUAGUUAAAGCUGUGAGAGGCACAUUCACUUUCUAA